AAAAAAAAAACCCGCCGACAGUCCACAUUUCAAUUUUUGAUUCAAUAUCGUUAUGCUGAUCGGUGCAUCUGUUAUUGUCCUCUUGACCGGCCUCAGCGCCACCAGCACGCCCGCUGGGUUUGCGUCUAGGGCCCAGGAGGAUCUAUCCAUCGUGUAUAAUAACAAAGUCCCUGUGUAUCCACCGGGAAUCAAGCUUACCAAGAACAUUACGAUGAACCCACCAACCCUUUUUUUUUUUUUUUUAAUGCCUCUUCACCAGACCAUAAAUACGCAGUCAUCAUGAUCGACUACUCCCUCAACCUGAACGGAACCGAAAUGAACAUCCUCCAAUGGUACCAGCCGGAUCUCACCCUCAAUCCUUCCGGCACGCUCACCACCUCCUCUCUCUUGUCUACAAUGAAUGUCGCACCCUACAUCUCCCCCCCCCCCAACCAUUCCUAGGCCUAGCACACGAGUAUAUCACUCUUCUCUACCAACAGCCAUCAAAUCACACGUUUUCCACCUGUCUGGAUAGUGUUGUCCAGUCGACUAAGGGCCGGUUUAGGUUCAAUCUCGAGGAUUUCGUAAAGGAUGCUGGGUUGGAUGAGCCGGUGGCUGUCAAUUGGUUCCGGAUACAGAAUCCGACACCCGCGAGUACUUCGUACGCAAUCACGAGCACGUUGAUUACGACUUAUUCUUGCUCUGCCACAGUGACAGCGACGUCGUGAUGUUGGUCACAGGGUCUCGUUUCCGCGUGUGUUUAUGCACUGUAAACCAGCACUACUUCCACAGCAUUGUAGU